CAAUCGCCGAUUAAAUCCCGAGGAAACGUUCGAUAAAAGCCUGUCGUUGGCUGCGGAUCAAAUUCUGCUCAAGCUUUUCCUAAUACAAACACAACGCGCAGCUUCACGUCUCGCAGCGGAUCUCCUCUGGAUGGAGCUGCAGGUCAUCCCGAGUCACACGGCAGGAACCAGGAAGUGAGACAGAAUGCUGGCGCAGCGGCGAGGAGGAGCAGAGAUGGCAGCAUCAGGAACACAGUCCGAGCUCAGGCUGGUGGUUCUGGGCCCGGUCAAGCCGGGGAACAGAACCGCAGUCUGCUCCAUCCUGGGCCUGGACGAGAGCCAGCGGGACGCCGGAGCUCAGGAAUGUACCAAACACCGAGGAGAAGCUGCUGGCAGGCAGGUCGUUGUGGUCUCCAGUCCAGCCUGGUACGGCUCCGCCUGCAGCCCAGACAAUCGCAGGACCCUCAUUUCCUCCCUCAUCGCCUCAUCCAGCCCCGGGCCCCACGCCUUCCUGCUCUGCGUCCCGGUGAACGAGCCCGCUGGCGACGAGUCGCUGGCGCUGGACGCCCUGGCGAAGCUCUUCGGCCCCGCCGCCGUCAGCGGACACACCGUCGUCCUGUUCACGCACACGGAGGAGCUGGGAGAGGACGAGACCCUGGAGCAGUACGUCGUCACGUGGCGCAAAGACCUCCGGCAGCUGGUGGAGAGGUGCAGCGACCGCUACCACACGCUGGAGAGCGGCGGCGCAGCGGCGGCGGAGGAGGAGGGCCGGGCCGUGGAGGAGCUGCUGGAGAAGGUGGAGCAGGCGGUGAAGGAGAGCGGAGGCAAACACCUGAGCUGCCCUCUGUACCGGGAGGCCAAGGAGCGCGUGAGGCAGCGGCAGAUGGAGAUCGUCCGGCAGCGGAGCCCCGACUCUUCGGCUUCUGACCCGCAGCGGGAAGUGAAGGAGGAAGAAAUGGAAGCGGUCAGAGAAGAGGCGGAGAGGAGCACUGGCGAUUUCGCUUUGAAUCUGGAUGACAUUUUCCCCUCUCAUGAGAAGAGCGUCUCGCCCUCCGCCGCCCCGCCUUCGUUUCUCCGGGGCUUGUGGGAGAAGCUGGUGGUCUGGCUCAGGUGGCUGCCCAGUCUGGUGAGAGUGGAGGCUCUGUUCGGCUCCCUGGUGGGCCUGUUCGUUGGGGGGUCCAUGGGCGGCACUGUGGGGGCCACGGUGGGGUCUGUGGCCACCGAAGUGAGCCGGCGGAAAACGGAAAAAACCAAAUGAGGGGCAAUAUUAAAAGAAAUAUGCAAAUUCACUGCUAACAGAGCAACAAAUAGCGGAGCUGCAAAAACACAAAAUUUCACUUGAAACAAAACAAAACCAACUUACAAGUAACUUUGUAUCAAGAUAUAAAAGCUUGUUUUAAGUCAAUCAUUUCUUAAUGGUGAUAAAAAGUUUCACUCGCACUUUAUGUCACUUAUAACAUGGAAAAAUUGUCCUAUUAGUGAAAUAAUCUGCCAGUGGAACCAGGACUUUUCAACAACAUUCAAAAACUAUUGGCUUAAAACACAGAAAAUGUACUUGUGAUUUAGUCUUGUCUUAUUUCAAGCGUAUUAAGAUAUUUGGAAGAGAAACUAAACCAAAAGUUCUUGGUCAGAUUGAGAGUUUCUGCAGUUCAGUUAUUUGUUGCUCUGUGUUUCUCAACUAUGCGCUUACUGGGCAACACGUGUUAAAAGUCUCGGCUUCACAGUGACGCUUGAAAAGGGUUUUCUGCAUAAAUAUGAUCUAAAAUCUAGUUUUGCAUCAGAUGAUGGUUGGAGGUGUCAUGGUUUGGGUUUGGUGGCCUUUAUUAAUCAGGACCUUGGGACUGGGAAUCCAACUGUGUUAAAGAGUGAAGCUGCAAAUCCUAAAAAGUCUCUAAAUCUGGAGACUCACUAGAACAGCCAAUUUUCCAGCUUGAUGACCAAUCAGUAGAAAGUAUUCCUGGUUCAUCCCGGAAUUCCCUUAAUUGAUCGCAGUUUCCCGACUUCUCGUGGAGCUUUUUCGCGACGUGACGAUGUGGAAAAGUUGUGGAUGUUUUCUAUGAGGCAUCGAUAUCCUCAGCAAAUAGGUGAAGCCAGCGUCAUCGCUCUGGGUUAUUUAUGACUCGGCUGCUAACACCAAUGUGAUAUUGGUUCGUAUUUAAGAAAUAUUUUAGUAUGUUUUAACCCCAAUCACUGUUAACCUACCAAAGAAACAAAACCUACUGAAGUUUAUUGUUUGAAAUAACGUCAGUAUUGUAUUACUCCGUAUUAAACCUUGAAAAAAAUUCUCAUUUUCAUCGACAGAGCUACAUUUCCCAUAGGGUUUUUCUCACUAUGAGCCAAAACCCUUCUACAUACGCGUCCUAAAUUUAUUUCUGUAAAUACUGACUAUCAUGAGUCACAUUUAAACAGAAGAUAUCUGGAAUGUCUUCUCCUGGCACGUUCCCAGCUGCUGAGACGUGUUUUCGAAGCGUGCAGCCGUUCGUUUCUGCGUUUAUUAGUGAUGUCAGUUCAUAUUUGCAGCUGAGCUCAGAUUGGAUAAUAUUUGCUGUUUUGCCGUUAAUUUAAGAAUAAUAAGUCCACACAGUGAAACUUGGCUGGACAAAACGAUCGCAUACUUGAAGUUAUUUUUGGCUAUAAUUUCCCCAAAUGUCACAAAUUUUCCUCAACUGCUGUUGUGCCUUAAACUGCUUUGUUUACUAUUUGUUUACUUGAGAAAAGUAUUCACACCCCUUUGUUAUUAUUAUUAUUAUUCUGACAUCAUUGCCUCAACUUUGAGUAGGUUUUGAUACUCAAAAGUGGAAAGAAUACAGGAAAUGUUUUGCAUGCUUUUGUGUUAAGCUCCCCCACGUUGAACUUUAACUAGACCGGUCUAACUCAAGAAAACCGCUCCACUCGAGCUCCGGCAGACACCAUUAUUUUUCCUCUUUCUCGCUAAUUAUAGCGAGAAAGUUGCAAUCGUACAUCACUCUGCGAUGGUUAGGCAGUGGCUGAAGAAUGGGGGGGUAAAGGAAUGCUUCGUAAUGUUGGCGCCGUUCCAGAUUGAGGGGAAAAGCAGCAAAUCUUCAGCAAAAAAAUGUUUUAAAUUGCUCUCAGAAAUUUUCUAGAAACAUUGACGUCUCUGAGCUCCAAAGUCGACGAGUUGAAAAUGUUUGACAUUUGGAGCUCAGAAAUGUUCCAAGUUUUUUUUGGUUUUUUUUUUUUAGGAAAGUUUUUAGAUGAUUCUCCAAAUUUCUGAAUUUUCUGAGAACUAUCCACAAGAUGGCGGCGUUGACCUUUCCGCGUGAGCUCACCAUGAUUGUUUACCACCACCAAGCAAAUAAAAGGCUGCUGUUUUAACAACUCUUGA